ACUCUCUGUCCCCAGGCCCUCCAGCUAUGGCCUUGUCCCCCCCUCUGAGUCUUAGACUCCCCUCAGAGCCCCUCAACCAUCCCCCUGGAACUCCUAGGGAGCCAGACAUUGCUGGAUGCACCAUCUGCCUUGCAUCUGGAGAGGAGAGAAUCAGGCCGGAGCAGGCCCAGAAACUGGGACAGGACUCCUUCGACCCUCCUGAGCAUUUCCAGGGUGUCCUGAGGGGCACUGAACCCACUGUCAGUCCCCCAAGAUUGUCAACACCCUCUUCCCAGGAGGACCAACCUGGGGACAAACACUGUGAGCACUGCAUCGCUGGCCUGGAGGUCUUGGAGGCUGAGCAGGACAGCCUGCACCUUUGCCUAUUAGGGCUAGGCCUCUGGCUGCAGGACCUGGAGCGACAGCCAGCGCCCUGGGCAUUAGCCAGGAGUAGGAUGCUCCAACUACAGGCCCUACAGGCAGACCUACAAGGGGCAGCUGAGCACGUGGAUGCACUGCUAGCAUUCGGUGAAGGGCUGGCCCAGUGGAAUGAGCCAAGGGCCUGGGCAUUCCUGGAACAGCUCCUAAGGGCCCUUGGAGCCCACCAAGACACCAUCUUCCAACGCCUCUGGCAGCUGCAGGCCCAGCUGGUCAGCUACAGCAUGGUGUUUGAGGAGGCCACCACGCUGGACCAGGAUUUGGAGAUCGAGGGGGACUCAGACAGGCCAGGAUCUGGUGAGGUCUGGGGGCCCUGGGCACCCAGUAGCCUCCCCAUUCCAGCAGAGUUGGAGUGGGACCCAGCAGGGGACGUUGGGGGCCUCCGGCCUUUGGGGCAGAAGACAGCCCAGACACCAGGGGCUCCCUGUGAACUGUGUGGCCACAGAGGCCCACAGGGCAGGGGAAAAGGCCUUGAGGACAUGCUUGUGUUGGGCCUCAGACACCGGAAACGCUUAGCAGGUCACCGAAGACGGUCUCCACUUCAGAAGCCUCAGAAGAGGCAAGCAUCUUCCAGUCUCCAGGAUGUGAUGCUGGAAGUGGAUCCUGGGACCCCUGAUCCUGCAUCCAGGCAGCCCCUCACCUUCCUCCUUAUCCUCCUCCUCCUUUUCCUUCUCCUGGUGGGUGCCAUGUUGCUCCUGCCCAUGUCAGGGGGCCCCUGCUGCUCUCACACCCAACUGGCCAGGACACCAUACCUGGUAUUCAGCUAUGUCAAUGGUCUCCCCCCAAUCUGAGUACACAGGCCAGACAUAUGCAAUAAAUGGUCAUUGUCAAAGGA